AUGUGCUCCGGCACUGGCUCUGGGUAUUGCAACCUGGGAAUUGCGAGCUAUAUCCCCUCGUGCGGGACCAAGAUCCGCCAGGCGUUUGUCUACGAUCGCUACUGCCGCGGACUCGGAGCGCGGCCUUUCGACACCGAUACGGGCAAAUGGUCCGUCUACUCGCUGCUUCCAUACACAGUGGAGCUGUCUAUCACCGGCGGGGGCAGGAUCCCGGAUGGGUCAUUCAUGUAUGCGGGGCGGAAGACGGAUCUGGGCAAGAAGAUGUACUGCCGAGCGUGUUCAGGGCUCGGGGACUGGGAGUGCUGUCAAGUUGCUUUCGACUGUCAUUAG